UUGAAGCUAAAACACCAACCAGAGCAAUGGGAUUCAUGUUAUCCUUUGAUAUAGAUGCACCGGUAGAUAACUUGGCUGCUUUUGCUCGAGAAAUCUGUCCUUUUCCAAAUUACUUUCCUGAUCCUCAUUACUACAACUUGCUGUCUGCGAAUUCCUCCCAUCACCUGCAGGAGCAUUACAUCUCUGUCCAGUCCUCUCUGAGCCCCAAACAGCUGGAGGACUUCACCCAGAGCCUGAGGAGCACUUUUGGGCGACAUGGAAGAGUGUCUCAUGGAGGCGUGGGAGUGGUCGCUCUUUCUUUGGCCAUUCUGUUUGACACUGUAGCCCGAAAAGUGAAGGGAGAGUACGUGUCCGACCGAGAACCCAUCCCGGGACUGUUCUUGAAAGACUACAGAGGGUACUACCCAACUGUAGUCUACACCAUCAGCGAGUAUCUGAGACUGGUGCCACAUAUCGCCAACAACCCCACAAGGAUGAAAGAAGAGAGUGAGAGGUGUUUGGAACAGAUAGACGCACAGUAUCGAGAAUGGCAGGAAGCAUUCAACCAGAAGAAAGAUAUCUGGCCUCUUUACGAAGACAUUUCAGCUGCUAACAUCCAUUUCUCUUAUACGUUAGGCAUGUACCUUUUGACGGUGACCCCUAGCCAUUAUGGUAAAGAGCAAUCUGUAAUUGGAGAUGUACUUUUUCAAUUGAACUGUGACCCAGAGGAAGCUGCCAAUCAGUUCAUAAGCAAAAUGCAUACAUAUGACAAGAACAUCCAGGACAGUAUUAAAGACCGUGGACUGGACAGGGAAAGCAUUCGGGCGACUCUCAUGAAAGAGUUUGCUGAGACCCUUUUUUUCCGUUCAAUCAUCGUCUCUUUAUUCAAGGCUUUAGAAACAAUGGGUAAGGCUGGUAAAGACCAAAUAAAACCCUAUGUUGAACACUUUGAUUUGAAGGGUAAUGCAUUAGGGAAAUGGUAAAAUUAAUUAAACACACACACGCGCACACACAGAGCCCUGUACUUUUCAAUCCAAUGAUGUAAAAGUUGUUUUGAUUUGUUUUCAUCUGAUUAUCUGUAAAUAAAAAGAGGAACAUU